GUUCGCCAUCAUCAGCAGUGUUUGUGGUCUAUGUGAAGGGAACUUGAAAAAGGGAUCUGAAAAUCACGGCCAAAUGCGUGAAUAAUGCAGACACUAGGGGCACUGGGCACGGGUCUUCUAGUCAAGUUGGAUCUACCACACUUUGAGGAGUUAACUUAUAAGGAGCACUUCUGAAUUUAUCGAGCGUUAUCUUCACAGAGCCUGUACAAAUGGACCAGUCUUUGCUGAGUAGAGCCUCUGCUCCGCGAUGCUGCUCCUUUAACACAGUGAAGUCGUGGCUGCCUAUCCUGACCUGGCUCCCACAAUACAAUCUGAAAUGGCUGAAGAUGGAUGUCUUAGCAGGGCUCACCGUGGGACUGACCACUGUCCCACAGGCUCUAGCCUACGCGGAUGUGGCAGGCCUCCCAGUGCAGUUUGGCCUAUACUCUGCUUUCAUGGGGGGCUUCAUUUACAUGUUACUGGGGACAUCUAAAGACGUGACGCUGGGUCCAACAGCGAUCAUGUCCCUCCUGUGUUUCUCUGUGGUGGGAGGGGAGCCCCACAGAGCUGUGCUGCUCAGUCUGCUGUGCGGGCUCAUCCAGGCGACCAUGGGCCUACUCAGAUUAGGCUUUCUCUUAGAUUUUAUUUCCUAUCCGGUCAUAAAAGGGUUCACGUGUGCAGCAGCAAUUACAAUUGGCUUUGGCCAGGUCAAGAAUAUUUUGGGACUCCAUGGUGUGCCCUCUCAGUUUGUCCUGGAGUUUUAUUACACUUUUGCCAAAAUCCCAGAAGCCAGAGUCGGUGAUGUGGUCCUGGGUCUGGUGUGUCUCACAUUUCUGAUCACUCUCACGGUUAUGAAGAGAACUCUGCCAGAAGACAACGCUCCAACCAUCAGCAGAGUGGCCAGAAAACUCAUCUGGACUGUUGCUACCAUGCGUAAUGCGCUGGUGGUCAUAGGUGCAUCAGUUGUGUCAUUUUCUUGGGAGACCUACGGUUAUGACGUUUUUACAAUUACUGGGAAAACUGCUCAGGGACUGCCCCCCUUCACACCCCCUCCUACAUCUGACACCACCGCCAAUGGCACCAAUGUCACUUUUGGAGAGAUGGUAGAGGACUUUGGAGGAGGGCUUGCUGUCAUUCCAUUCAUGGGUUUGCUGGAAAGCAUUGCAAUUGCAAAAGCAUUUGGCAGUCAAAAUGGUUACAGAAUAGUAGCAAACCAGGAACUAUUGGCCAUCGGUCUAACAAACAUCAUGGGCUCUUUUGUGUCGGCCUACCCGGUCACUGGCAGCUUCGGCAGGACGGCUGUGAACUCUCAGACAGGAGUGUGCACACCAGCAGGGGGCAUCAUCACCAGUGCAGUAGUGCUGCUCUCUCUGGCCUUCCUCAUGCCUGCCUUCUACUACAUCCCUAAAGCCUCUCUGGCCGCUGUGAUCAUCUGCGCCGUGGCUCCUAUGGCCGACUACAAAGUUGUGAUGAAGAUGUGGAAGAUCUAUAAGCGUGACCUGCUUCCUUUUGGAGUAACUUUUUUUGUAAGUUUCUGGGAGGUGCAGUACGGUAUCAUCGCUGGUAUAGCUGUGUCUGGAGCCUUGCUGUUGUACAACACAGCAAGACCUAAAAUAAAGAUAUUUGAUAAUGACACUUUGGUUUUGGAGCUGAGGGGUGAAGUGAGUUUUCCUGCAUCGGACUAUCUGAGCAACUUCAUACACACUAAUGCCCUCCCAGCCUCGUCACCUCGGUCGGUGGUGCUGGACUGCCAUCAUGUCAGUGGGAUCGACUACACUGUGGUCAAUGAGCUCUCAGACCUGCUGCGACAGUUCAAAUUGCAGGGGGUGCGACUGGUCUUUGCCAGAUUAGAGCCAUCUGUUUUGAAGGUGUUACUUGCCGCAGAUGUCAAGGGCCUGAGAUAUAGAGACAGUGUUGAAGAGGCACUGCAGGAGUCACAAAACCUGCACUCAGACUGACCAUCCACAGGUGAAGGCCAUAUGGAAGAGAGAAAAUGGGGACAUUUUUAUCUAUAUGACUUUACUGUGAUAACUACCUCCAACUUUGCACUGGGACAGAGAACUUUUUACCUUUUUAACUAUGUUUUUAUUAAGGACCAAACAUGUUUUGUAAUUAUGUUACAAAUUAGGGAUUGUGCUUUUUUUUAUAAUGACACUAAUAAUUAAUUGUUUAAUGUUUUUGAUAAAAGAUGAUAAAUGAUAAAACUAAAUUUGAACCGAAUUACUGAAUAAAUGUUUUAAAUUG